AUGCCUGUUCCCGAGUCCGAGUAUUUGAGUCCGGUAUGGAAGGGCGGUAUCUUCAGUACGGUCACCCAUGACAGAGUUGCCUUUGUAACCGGCGGCGCUGGUACCAUUUGCAGCGCGCAAACACGCGCUUUGGUCCGUCUCGGUGCGAACGCCUGUAUCAUUGGCCGAAAUGUCGAAAAAACCGAAGCCAUGGCUAAGGACCUGAUGACUGCGAGGCCGGGAGCCAAGGUCAUUGGCAUCGGAGGUUGCGACGUCAGAAAUCCCCAGAAUCUGCAGGAUGCGGCAGACAGAUGCGCCAAGGAGCUUGGUAGCAUCGACUUCGUCAUCGCGGGAGCCGCCGGCAACUUCAUUGCACCUCUGUCCGGCAUGAGCCCCAACGCCUUCAAGGCCGUCAUGGAUAUUGAUGUCCUGGGCACUUUCAACACGCUCAAAGCUACUCUUCCUUACCUGGUUGAAUCGGCAAAGAAGAACCCGACACCCAGCGCGGACGCCAGAACAGGUGGUCGUAUCAUUUUCGUGUCGGCAACAUUCCACUACACCGGUAUGCCGCUGCAAGCACAUGUAUCCGCCGCCAAGGCAGCUGUCGAUGCUCUCAUGGCUUCCGUGACGCUGGAGUACGGCCCGUUCGGAGUCACGAGCAAUGUCAUCGCGCCUGGUCCGAUCAGGGACACCGAGGGCAUGGAGCGGCUGUCCAGCAGCAAGAUGGACCAGUCCAAGGCCGACGCCGUGGUUCCCCAGGGCCGGUGGGGCUACGUCCGGGACAUCGCCGAUUCCACCGUCUACCUCUUCAGCGACGCCGGCAGCUUCGUCAACGGCCAGACAAUUCCUGUCGACGGCGGCGCAUGGAGGCGACAAGGCGCUUUGGGCGUCGGGAUGGAUGAGGACAUGAGGUAUCCUGAUUUUCUCUUGAAAGGAGAAAUCUCCAAGAACGUGAAGAGCGGGCGUAAGACGUCGAAGUUGUGA